GGGGCUACAGCCGCUCACCUGUAACUGUUGCUACAAACGCUCCGUGCGGUCGUUACAUCGGCGCCAGGAGCGGGCUGCCAGUGUGUUGUGCGUGCGUCACGUGUGUCCGUGCGGGGCUAUAUGCGUGGUGACUGUGUUAUACUUUGUCAGUGUGCUUGUUAUUGUGUACUUUGUGUGCCCCAGAGCUCCUGUGUGAUGUUGGGUACAGACAGUUGUGUAGUAUGAGCUAGGUGCUGGUUCCCGUCAGGUGCUGGUACAUGGAUGUGGCGAGGGACAGGGCCCCCCAGGAGGAGGAGGAGGAAGAGGGGGAAGGAGGAGGAUGGGACAGUCGCUCCUCAUCUUACACUGACUGCAGCAGCUGCUGUUCCAGUGACCUGGAGCCUGAAUGGCUAGACAGUGUGCAAAGGAAUGGAGAGCUGUUUUACCUUGAAUUGAGCGAAGAAGAGGAAGAAGCGCUUCUUCCUCUGAAUCCACAAAGUGUAAAUCACGUACGCUUUUCUGAAAAAGAAGCUGAAGUGCUAUCAGGAAAUGUUAAGACGGAUAAGAAGACAGAGCCACGUUUCAAAAGACUUGCAAAAAUAUUAAAGAACAAACACAUUGGUAAGAAAGGAUCUGCCAGAUUAAAUGGACAAACAGGUCCAACGUCCAUCCUGAAGCAGCAGCCCAGCCACAAAAUGGGAAUAAUUGUGCAUCACCAGUACAAGGAUACUUGUAUCUAUGUAAAUCCAAACCGUUUACUCGAUAAUGUACCAUAUGAGAAACUCUGCUUACUCCAGGGGCUUAUAGGAAUUGUUCAUCAGUCUUCAAGGAACAGCAGGCGAAUGGAAAAGCAAAGCAGACCGGAUGCUGCACAUCAGUGGACGAACCACGAGAAACUUGUUGUACAUGGUUUCAUUCCAGACAGUCCAGCUGUCCGAUGCGGCCAAAUCCUAAUUGGAGAUGUUCUUGUCGCUGUUAAUGAUGUGGAAGUAAACUCGGAAAACAUAGAAAGGGUUUUAUCUUGUAUUCCAGGACCUAUGCAGGUGAAGCUAACAUUUGAAACCCCGGUGUUUGACACGCAAAUUCCAGCUCAAAAUAUGAAUGGUUUGUCACAGUCACCCAUAAACAAUCUGACAAAGCUGAUCUGGGGAGAAGAGCAUGCCAACCUCCAGCAGAUGCUGCAAGGAAUGCCUCACAUAGCAAUGUACCUCACCCUCAGCUUAGACUCUGACGCCUCAAAAGAAGAGCAGGAAAUUCUCUACCAGUAUCCCACAUCUGAAGCCUCGCACAAGCUGAAGAGUGUAAGAGGAUUAUUUCUAACGCUAAGUGAUAUGCUGCAAAAUGUCACCGGAUCACGGAUUGUUAGCUCCUGUCUCAUUUUGAACAAGCAGUUGGUUCAUGUUUCAUACUGGAAAGAGUCUGAACAUUUAUUCCUGGUUUCCGUACCAGCAGAGAGAGUUUCUCUUCUGCAUUUGAAGAACAUGACGGCUGAUCUGGUUAGAACAUUAACGUUCAUGUAUAGCUCUCUCGAUAGGGCCUUCUGUCAAGCAGAAAAUGUGCCUCGUCUUGAUCAUUUCUUUAGCCUGUUUUUCCAGCGAGCAGUGAGGCUGUCCAUCUUAAGUGCAAAUGCUGGCCAGGGACCUCAGUUCUAUGAUGCCUGCGGUUCUCACAUUGUAGAUAACCUUCCAGGAGUACGGUGGCUGGCCUUGCCUGAAGAUACCAAGGUAGAGAUUGACACCAUACUGAGUGAUUUGGAGGCACUGGAUUUUGCUGAACUGUCUGAAGACUACUAUGAAAUGAGACGGCUGUACAUGAUUCUGGGGACUUGUGUAUUUUAUAAGGGUUAUCUGUUGGCUAAUCACUUACCGAAAGAAGAUUUGAUUGAUAUUGCCUUGUAUUGCCGACACUAUUGUCUAUUGACAUUGGCAUCAGCGCGUAUUGGUCAGCUGGUGGUCUGGAGGGAAGUAUAUCCCCGUUACCAUCUAAAGAAGUGUGGAUCUCCAAGCAAGGAUGAGUACAGUGAGCCUGAGGCCCGGUAUUUCCUUCUUAUAGUAGGCCUGAAACAAUUCAUGCUGUGCACUCUACUAGAGGCUGGGGGCUGCACAUCUAAAGCUGCUGGAAGUCCAGGACCUGACUACAUAUAUGUGGAUCAGUUAAAGGCAGCUCUUCUUCAUUUGGAAAUGCUAGACGGUAGUAUAGAGGAAAAACUGAAUGCUUCCCCAAACCCAUGCCUCUCCUGUGCUGAUUGGUUUCUUCCUUCUGCUCGGGACAAGUUCCACAGCGUUGUAAAUUCGGUUAUGAUGAAUAAGCUCCAGACUCCAAAGAAAGCAAAUUAUGCUUUGAGUAGGAAGAGUAUGAGUCCAGAUGCUCAGUCCUCUUUAAGGAGUCGUCGACCAAGCCCUACCAGGAGUAGUGGAGGAUCCGAUAAUGGUAGUGAAGGUAUAGUGGAAAAUGCAGGAACCCAUUCCACACCAGAUUUGACCAGAAAAUUUGGAAGGCGGGAAUCUCAAGGAUCUGGAGGCUCCGAUGGAAGUGGCGGAAGUGGGAAUGUGCCUAAGAUCAGCAAAAAGAAGUACACACUCCCGAAUCCCUUUAAUUUGGGAAGCCUGAGACGGAAUCUUUCGGAAAGGGAAGCCGAAGAUUUAUUUAACACUGUGAAAUUAACUUCAGGCCCUGAAAACACACUGUUUCAUUACAUUUACCUGGAAAGCAUGCAUGGAGUCUUCAUCUCACCAACACACAAGGAGGUGGAGGAGCUCAGUGGUGCCAUUCACCCCCAGCUAAUCAAGAACUUCCACCGAUGUUGCCUGUCUAUACGCUCGGUGUUUCAGCAAACACUCAUGGAAGAGAAACAAAACAUUUCCAAGGCAGAUGUGUGCAGGGAAUUUGCAGGACUCGGUCCAGUUAAGGAACAUGGUAUUUUAUUUGAAUGUUCUCCUGAAAACUGGACGGACCAGAAGAAAUCACCACCUAAAAUGUCCUAUUGGGCAAUAGGGAGACUGUUUCUGCAGCCGCAGCCUCAGGAGUUCUAUGUUUGCUUCCAUGACUCGGUGACAGAACUUGCUGUAGAGCUGGCCUUUAAGCUGUCCUUCGGGAUGCCGCUGUAGUGCUGGCGCAAAGAACUCGCAAAGUACCAUGCCUUCAACAGCACUUAAUGUAAUCCGUACACUUUGCCUUAUGGCUGCACUUGUGUUCGUGUUUACGGGUGUUUCAUAGUUUUACACAAUUGUUGUUUUUUUGCAUUCUUUUGAAAAAUAUUUAAAUAUUUUGUAAUUUUUUAAAAAUGUUUACAAUUUGUCUUGCAUACUUUAUAGACUAAACAUUUAGAACAAUACUGUGUACUUUGUACUUGUAAGUAAUUUUGUUUCCUAAAAAAAUAUUUUUGCACUUGGAUACAUUUUAAUAAUUUUAUUCAUAAAAUUUUGCUCUAAAGAA